AUGCGAGAGAAGAGGCUCACCACCGUGCCUCCCUGCAUAAGAGAGAAUGAGUUUGAAGAGUAUUUAGCAACUGAUGAUAUACUUGUAGACUUCUUCAAUGAAUUUUUGAGUCUCCCAACAUUUGCAGAACCAAUUAAAUUUAAUCCUGAUUUUGGAAUUUUUGAAGUUUCUACUGAUGUCCCACAGUACAUGGAAAAGCAGCUGAAAAAGAUGCUUCGGGAACAGAAACCUCGAAAUCCCAUUUAUGAUGUUACAAGGCAGGCGAAGAUACAAACCUCUAUUUCUAAAGAUCUGAGCACCUCCCCUUCCCCAGUCUUCAGUUUUGAUCCAAAUUAUUCAACCAUGUGUCUGAACCGGGAACAAGCUAUUGAAUGGAUUAAAAAGGAAAGAUUUCCAGCAUUUUUAGAGAGCGAUUGUUACUUUGAAUACAGAUUAGCUAAACUUAUUUCACAGGUGGAAUGGAGCAAAACUGGGAUCAGUUUUGUUAUAGAUAAAACAUAUUAUCCUUGGUUCUCAAAAAGUCCACCACCCCUAGAAGUCCCUGAAGAAAAUGAAGAUGACUUGAUUAUGAAAAAGUUCUACGUCUCUCUUGGCCAGGCUACUGUUACUCAGACACAGGAUUGGUUUACUCUAGCCAAGCAAAGUCAGAACAUGAUCACUACUGAUUCUAUUACUCGUCCUGUGACAUCUUCUCAUGUUCGUUUUUUAAUUGAUCCUUCAAAGUCAACUUCUACAUGUGAAGAUAUGAAGGUUCAAGAACUGUGUAGCUCUUCUUCAUCCAUUGUUAAUGCAGCUAUUUGCAGUGGUCAUUUAGGAUUUGAAUCCAAGCUUAAGAAGAAGCACAGCUUAACUGAUAUUCCACUUGUUCAGAAGAUAGAAGAUAGUAGAUGCGUAGAGGGCUAUUCUACGUCACUUCCUGAAAGUCCUUCACGCACUUUAUUAAGAGCAUACUUAGGACAAAAUUGGGAUCUUACUUCUCAGGAGAGAAAGAGUGAAGACUUCAUCGAAUAUCAAGAACUGGCAUCUUUUCAAACUGUAGAUGAGUUUUCUUUAGCCUACGUUCAAUAUAUACUAAGAAACUCUAUUGCAAUAAUCACUGGCCAGCCCCCUGAACCCAGCCCUUUUCACGUCAAUUUCAGUAGAACACCUAGAGUGUAUAUAUAUGAGAUAGCAAGCACUGAACAGUUCAUGGACCUUUCCUUAGAAAAGCCUUCUCUGCCUGGGGUUGAUGGAGUGGAUGUGAAGAGUGAAAUUUCUGCAAAAUCAGAAAAGGAUAGCACUGAAACCAGAGCUGCUUGGUGUGUUGGCCACAAGACAUACGAUAUUGGUAACAGACAUGAAUUUGAAAGAUUUAAGAAAUUCAUCAGAGGAACUUUGGGAGAAAGGUAUUGGUGGCUUUGGAUGGAUAUUGAACGUCUGAAGGUCCUGAGGAAUUUUAAAAGGCAGAAAAGACAGCUUGAUCGGAUGAAAAAAUUAUACCUGGCAAGCAAUGGAGAUUAUUACCUGACCUUUGAGGUUCUAUUCAAACUCAACCUGGUGGAUGGUGAUCAAUGGAACGUGUAUAAUUUAAAGCGCAUCCAGUCUGAAGUAGUGAAACCUUUGCUUCUUUACUGGGGUCCCCGAUUUUGUGUAACUCAUAAAGCUGCCAUUCAGGCCACAGUUACCAAACUGAAAAUCUGGCAUGCUCGGCAACAGAAACCACGACUGGACGUGGAUCCUUUCCCACAGAUGGUGUCGCUGCUGCCACUGAGGGCGAAAUCCUGCAUGCCAAAAGUAGCAUCUCCAUAUUAUCAGAGAGGAGAUACUGGAUUAUCCCCAACUUUUUCAAAAGGAACUAUGAUGGAUAUCUGUCCCCAGAGGUCUACCAGGCUGUUAUCUGCAGUUCUGCCUAGGUGUCAAACUGCUGUUCAGGAAGAUCCUCAUGACUUAAUUAGCUUAACAAAUAUUAAAAAAAGGCCAGCAACGGUAGGCAGCAGUGUGUCUCAUAUGACAACAAUUAGUGAUCGAAUGGAUUACCUGAAACCACAACUAGAUCGAAAAUACACCUAUGCAGAAAUGAUCCCUGGUAAAAUCUCCCCAGAUUUUUUUGAACUAGGAAGUUCUAAAAUGGAAAGAAUGCUGCAGUCUCUUUACUUGGAGAACAGAGCAGGCUACAUCUUCACUGAAUUCUGUGAGAAGUCAGGCGAUAAGCUAUGGAAGAACAGCACAUAUUUUUGGUUUGACCUACAGGAUUAUCAUCAGCUUUUCUAUCAAGAAACCCUCCAUCCUUUGAAACUAUGCAAGCAAGCACAAUUCCUUUAUGCCAAUUAUAUUGCUCCUUCUGCUGCUAUGGAUAUUGGAAUACAACAGGCUACAAAACAUGAAAUUUAUAAAAGAAUUGAUCCACCAUUUGAAGAUCUUUUUGACCCAGCAGAAGAAUACAUCCUCACUCUUCUUUUGGUUCCAUGGAUGAAGAUGGUGGAAGAAGACCGAGAAACAUAUGGGAAGGUGGAGCUGGUGGAAGAAACUCGACAGCUGGACUCAGUGUACUUUAAAAAGCUGCAGGCUUUGCGUACAGAGGGCAUUUCCAAGAAAGAUGAGGCUUUGGCAGUUGAAGAAGACGUUCCACAGAAGUCUGAUUCUAUUACAAUUGUAGAAACCUUUGGUCAAGACUUUUCUGAAGAUUUCAAAUCAUAUGACAUUACUAAAUUACUUAGCAACAGGCUGGAUUUGGAACAGUUCCGUAUCUUUCUUGAGGAGCAAUCAGCAAGCACAGACCUCAUGUGCUGGAUAGACAUUGAGCAGUUCAGGAGAAUGUUACACAAAAAUAAAGUACAACGAGAUGAAAAAUCUAAAGACAUUAAGAAGAAAUAUCUAAACAAGAAAUAUUUCUUUGGACCUGACAGCCCAGCUACAAAAGAAGAACAAGAGGAGAUUAUGAAAUUAAGUGGAGGUUGGGGGCAAAUACUUCAUGAGCAAGUUGCUCCCGUGAUCUUGCUUGAGGUUCAAAAGUGUGCCCAGAAGAGAUUACAGGAAAAGUGGCUGCCACUAUUUUCUAAACGCGAAGAAUUGGGAACAUGGAAAAAACCAAAGCCACAUAUGCAAGAGGCAGCAGAAGAUAUCUUAAUUCAGAAAGAGGAAAAGCAAAAAGUACCAUGGAAGGCAAGCUGUAAUAAGUGGAUGUUUGCAGCUAGGGAAAUAAUUACUUUUCGUAAAGCUCUGAUGAAUCCCAUCACAGCUCUUCAGUUUCAACACUUUGUAACCCUGAAAGGAGAUUUACUGGGGAACGGAGUGAUCUUCUGGCAGGAGGUACAGAAAUACAAGGACCUGUGCCAUUCUCAUUGUGAUGAUGCCAUUAUUCAGAAUAAGAUCACAACCAUUAUCAACUGCUUUAUUAAUUCAGCAAUUCCACCUACUCUUCAGAUUGACAUACCUGAGGAGCAAGCCCAAAAGAUCAUUGAACACAGGAAAGAGCUAGGCCCAUAUGUGUUUAGAGAAGCACAGAUGACUAUUUUUGCGCUUCUCUUUAAAUUUUGGCCUAAAUUUUGUGAAUUUCGAGGCAAUUUGAUUGAUGAGACUAUUUUGCCUGUUCUGGAAAGAGAGAAGAGGAUACAGAAAUUAAAAAAAGCAAGAGAAUCAGAAGAGAAGACACAAAGGAAGAAAUCUUCCAUUCCUGUGAAAAUAAGUUCACCUACUGAUUCAAACUUGAGUAUAAAUGAAUUUUCACCAGCGCCUAGCUUCUCUGGAAUGGGCCGAGAGCGUUUCUGGUCUUAUUCAAAGUAUAUAGAAGCUCUUCAGCAAGAAAGGGUCCUCCUGCAGAUUCAAGAGGAUUUAGAGAAAAAAUCAGUAGCGUCCUCUGCUUACUCAGGUCUCUCAUCCUUCCUCGCUCUGAAGAGUGAUGCGGUAGUGAGCUCCGAAAAACCUGUUCUCUCAGCAAACUUCAACACAGCUUUCGUGAAGCAACGUUCAUUCCCACCUAAAGAUAAUGCCAGGAUGUCUCAAGGGGGAACUCCAAAAUUUUAAGGAACUUGAUGAAGAAAUUAUGGGUUUGCAUUCACAAUGGGACCGCUACUCUUCAGAAAUAAAUGAACAUAGCUUACUGGUUUGCAUUAUUUUUCAGAAAAGAUUAAUAGCCGAGAGAAGAAAGAAACUAACUUUGGUGCACUCAGUGCCAGUGGGACAUUUUUCCUAUAUAUUGUACUAUUAUAGCCUUCCCCAAUUUAACAUCCUCCAGCUAUGUUGGACUACAACUCCCAUCAUUUGGAGGCAGCAUAUGUUCAGUGUCAGAUUGGGAAUCCUGUGCUAUUAUGUACUUUUUUUUUUUUAAUGAAGGAGGAAUUGCUAAUCAACUUACAAAAUAUUUGAGAGGUUUGCAGUUCAUUGACAAAGCCUGUAUACCUCACUAGGACUGUGAGGUUGGAUCUACUAAUUCUGGAAUUUUAGGGUACAAGGAAAUUCAAGACGGUUCCUCUUGCUUUCUGCUGUAUAGAAGUUUCAGGAGCAGGUGUUCAAAACAUUCCUUAGAACAUCAGGGCUGGUCCACUGGUAGAGCAAUUUGUAGGGCUCCAAAAUGGCAACAUCUGUGACUCUAUCUGCUAUAUUGUUUCACAGCCACAUCUGAUUCUUACUAUAAAUUACAGUAAGAACUUGAGCUGAGUUGCGGAUGAUUGCCACUGAAGGAUUCAUACACAUUAGAUCUCUCUUCCUUUUGCAAUGUUCAAGUUAAAUGAUCAAAUAUGUAUUAUAAAUCAAGAGGAGAGGUAUCUGUAGUCCAUAUGUGGCCUUUUUUAUGGUUUCAAAGUUCCCCAAGAACAUGUCAUCCCAAAAGAGGAAAAUUGGGAUCAAAUCCUGCCCCUGGUCCCUCUGGGCAUCAAAUGAGAGGAAGAGGAGGAACAACCACAAGAAAAACAACAAAUGAAGCCUUGCUGCAAAACAGUUCCCUUCACCUGUUACAGAUUAUUUGGUUUAGGUCCAUGAUAUAUUGCUUUUUGGCCUUGUGUCUAAGAUUAGAUUCACCAUGCUAGAAAUUUGUUUUCUAUGCCAUAUGUCAAACAACUGUAGUCUGGAUUGUUUCUUUUCUAUAGCAAGGAUUUAUGUCAUAUAUUAAGAAGUAACUUCCAUUUAGGUACUUAAUUUUUUCUCUAGCCAAAUACAAUAUGAAACCAACAAUGUGCCCAUGUUUUAGAUUUGGACUACCUUUGUAGCCAGUCCAAACAUCAACCCAUUAAUCCUUUGCUUCUUAUGUCCCCCAUGAUACCUUCAAACACUUAAUAACCAAACGAUUUGUUUAUCUUAUUCAGUAGCUCCAUUCUGAGUCAUAUUUAGCAGACUUAUUAUAUGAAGGAUAUAAUCCAGACAUGUCAGGGAGGAUAAACUUUGCAUGAUUGAUACUUGGCCUUGCAGAAUUGUUUCCACCCAGGCAGUAAAACAAUGGUUUCCCCUGUGGUUUUGAUGGAAGUGGUGUAAGUAGAUGUCUUACUUGCCUGUCAUAAGAAAUGUCAUUGCUUUGGUGUCUCACAGAAUUUUGUGUAACUGCUGGUAAUUCAUCCAUAGCGUUAUCACCCCUGAAUUUUCCAGAGUAGUUCACAAAUUAUGUGGAAAUUGAUUUAUCCAAUUUACAGUCAGCUCUUCCAAAUUAACUGAAUGAGGGAAAAACAUGGUCAUGAUCCAGCCAAGUUAGGAUCUUGUUUUCAGUCUACUUUAUCUCAAGGAGAAAGUGAAACAGAUACUCACAUGUUUUUAUUUGAAAAUCAAUGGAACUUAAGCUUUUUAAAAAAAAUUUUUGGAGUGUGAUGUUUUUGCUGCUCCUAAAGAUUAGUAGAUCUAUUGUGGUUUUCUAAAGAAAUAUUAUGCUUUCAACAUUAUCUAAUAUAGCUGUAAUUUAGCUGUAGUCCUAAUGUGUUUCAUACAGUUUACAAGAUGCUAGUAUAUCCACUAUAUAGUACUUUCAGUGGUCAAUUCUGUCACCUGUGACUUCAACUGAGAGAAGCAUUUUUUAAUUAUAGCAUAUGUGUGAAUUAGAUUACCAAAACAAGGAUAACUGUGAUAUGUUCAACAACAGUUUUAUAAAUGGCAACUUUUAAUUAUGUGAUCAUCAUUAUGUUUGCAUUGUGGCACCUUAAGAUUUACGCAAUUACCAUAACAUAAUUUUUCAUGGAUUGGCAUCCAUUUGAUCAAAUACAUUAAAAUUAUAUUGAGUUACAUAAUACAAUACAUGAUACAUAGAAAUGUUUGGAGAAAGCUCAGUUGUAAAGAAUGAGGUCAGAAGAAAAUGAAUUGCAGACAGUAAAGACAUGCAGAGUCAUUCACUAAUUUGUGACUUUGUUGACAGCAACUCAUUUUUCACUCUCUUUUGUGACAUUGUGAUUAGUCUUAAUAAAGUUAUUGAUAAGUUAGCAGUUGUAUAUUAUUUUUCUCUUGAACCAUUUUAGGUUUUUUGUCUUCAUUUCUCCAGUGACACGUGAUAUGAGGCCAAUCACCAAAUCAUAACUGUUCAUGAAUAUAGGCCAUUUCUAAAUGACAUAUCUCAAUAAUGUUUGCAUUUCUUGCUAAUUCAAUUCAGAUUUUAAAAAAUCAUAUUGGCAAGAAUGUACAUAAUUUAGAAAAUUUCAUCUGGUUUAGGUCCUAUAUUAACAAAACAUACACUUCAGACUAAAUAUUAGCCUGUGAUGGCAUUACGAUUGUCAAGAUUAACCAAUGCAUUCAGGAAACUGGAUUCCCUAUCCAACAAAGGUCCUCUUAGAAUGUAUUGAUACUAUCUGAAUCACCGCCGUUUAAAUGUUCACAUGUAAAGAGAACUUUUGAACUGUAAUAUUGGGUAAAUAGA